AUGAAUCAUUUAAAUAUUCGCACAGUCCUCGGGUGCACCCUGUUCGUGACAACAUUGCUCUCUACAAUCAUCCUCGUCUUGUACCAUGUCUUAACCGGCAAGGGAGAACGCAUUAGCGUCGGUUGGUUCCUCGAGAACACCUCUCCCCACAUGUGGUGCUGCUUGGGUAUAGGCCUCUCCGUGUCCCUAUCCAUAGUAGGAGCUGCAAUCGGAAUACACACCACCGGAGUGAGCAUCGUAGGUGGAGGCGUCAAAGCACCCCGCAUUAAAACGAAGAACCUUAUAUCAGUAAUAUUUUGCGAAGCUGUCGCUAUAUAUGGUUUGAUAAUUGCCAUCGUGUUGUCUGGUUACAUGGAGGAUUUCACUUGGAGCUUGGUUACUAGUACGGAGUUUUUGAGGAACAAAAAUUGGCUGGCAGGAUACUUAAUGUUUGGAUCCGGGUUAUCAGUCGGGUUGGUUAAUCUGUUUUGCGGUAUGGCUGUUGGGAUAGUCGGUUCCGGGGCAGCUUUAGCCGAUGCCGCAGAUUCUUCACUUUUCAUGAAAAUUCUAGUCAUCGAGAUAUUCGGCAGCGCUAUUGGAUUGUUCGGGUUAAUUGUGGGGAUUUAUAUGGUAUCUAAGGUACAAAUGGGUGAUAAGAUCCAUUAG